CGCAAGAGAAAGCGGAUCAACAAGGAGAAGGUGGGAGUGUUACAACAAUUUCUGAAGCAGCGUCGGCAAAAAAAACUUCACCUCCGCCGCCUCAAACUUCUACUUUUGAACCCGUGCCAGUCGCGGAGACGCUUCCCGCUCACAUUCGAUCUGUGUGGUUUACAAGCGGCUCUCGUGGCAUGACGACCACUAACAAGGGAAACAAAGCCUUGAAGGUGAAGCGGGAACCAGGCGAGAAUGGCACAAGCCUCACAGACGACGAGCUGGUGUCUAUGUCGGUGCGCGAGCUCAACCAGCACCUGCGUGGCCUCUCCAAGGAGGAGAUCGUACAGCUGAAGCAGCGACGGCGCACGCUAAAGAACCGUGGCUAUGCCGCCAGCUGCCGAGUCAAGCGUGUCACUCAGAAGGAGGAGCUCGAGCGCCAGAAGGCCGAGCUCCAGCAGGAGGUAGAGAAGCUCGCUUCGGAGAACGCCAGCAUGAAGGUCGAGCUCGAUGCCCUGCGCUCCAAAUAUGAGGCACUGCAGAGCUUCGCCAGGACUGUGGCUCGUGCUCCUGCAGUGCCCAUCGCCAACACGCCUGUUCCCGUCUCCGCCCGCGGGUCUCUGGCCUCCGUCAUUGGGCCGCUUGUACCGGGGAAGGUGGGCGCCACCAGCGUCAUCACGAUAGUCAAGUCCAAAACAGAUGCUAGGUCUUAGUACAGGCCAGUGAGGAGAGAGAGAAAGGAGGAGGGGUGAGUGAGUGAGAAGAGAGAAAGGGGCUUGGUCAGUGCAUCACGAUUUAGGCACGGGACAGAUUCAGUAAGUGGUCAAAUUGAUGCAAAUUGUUCCAGAUUUCUUUGAGAUGGAGCCUGACAUGGAGGACUGGUGUCCUCAACACACCCUCCUACUUCCACUUGAAUUGGUCAGUACAGUAUCUUUCUGUAGACACACUUCCAAACCAAAAUCACCAUCAAGGACAGUUAGGACGACUGGGCUUCCAGAAAAAUGAGAAUUUGAAAAAGAAGCAGCAAAACUGUUUGUUUUGUCCCUCAUGACUGCAAUGAGUGCUGGAUUUAUAGUCUUUAUAUUUUAUUGUGUUUUUUUUGUAUGAUAUUGUUGGACUUUAGGGCCCAAGUGUAUUUUUUUUUUCUUUUCUUCUUUUGAUCUGUAUGCACUAUUUGAAAUUCAUUGUGUUGCUGUUUUGUACGUCCAUUCUUUUCUUGUGUCAGAGAACUCGGUCACAAAGCAGACGUACACUUUGUACACUUUCAAUCUCCACCUUGUGCUUAUAAACACAAGGACGUGGAAUAAAGACGAGGCUGUUUUUUAUUUUUUACAAGAAAUCCUAUAAAGCCGGGUUAGUUAGGAAAGAGAGCUUGUCCAGGACCCACAAGUCUGACGUGUUGUGGAGUAUUAGUGUUCUUCCUGUGUUUAUACUGACCCUGCACUGGCGUAUCUCCUACUCUGAGAUGCUUCCAGCACUGAACACGCUCUACUCUUCACGCUUUUGCGUCCCUUUACCGUUGCCUAAUGUCGUGCACUGACCAGCCACUGCUGAAAAGUGAGAUGAGACGAGAGGAGAAUGAGAGGAUAUGAUAUUCGUAUGGUAGCUAUCAGGAUAUCUGAGACCAGUUUAUGUGAUUGGGUAGUCCUUUUUUUCAUAAUAAAUUUUUAAACAAAGUAUUUGUUUCUUUUAUAACAGAAGCUUAUUGGCAAGGCAAUAAGAUCUUUAUGUUGUGGAAUGUCAAACUGCUGAUAUAGUUUCAUUUGUGGAGCUCAUGAAAUUUUGUCGUGUUUUUAUGCUGGCAAAACUAUAUUUUCUCUAUAUAUAUCUUUGUUGAUUACAAAGUGUUAGCCUUUUAUUAUUAUUAUUAUUAUUAUUAUUAUUAUUAUUAUUAUUAUUAUUAGUGUGUCUUAUGCUUCCCAGUAACUCCAGAGAGACUCAUUCUCUUCUUAUUUUGUCCACUUUACCAAAUAGACAAAAUCAGAAAAAGAUUGCUCUUAAAUAAAAAUAAAUAAAUAAAAAAGACAUUUGAAAAGGGGACUAUCCGGUUGCAUAAACCGGAAAUCUCUCACAAGCUUUACCAUAAAAUCUGUCGCUGUGACGUUGCGUAACGUAUUAUAAGAUUCUUUGUCUAUAUGGUGGAGUCUU